UUGCUGACAUUAACAGCUGCCUGAUCGCCUGGGCUGGAAGACAGAGCCUGAGAGAGAGAGAGAGAGUUAGAGAGAGAGAGAGAGUUAGAGAGAGAGAGAGUUAGAGAGAGAGAGAGAGAGAGAGAGAGAGAGAGAGAGAGAGAGAGAGAGAGAGAGAGAGAGAGAGAGAGAGAGAGAGAGAGAGGGAGCAAGUGAAAGAGAGUGGGGCCAGAUGUAAACAGAGAGAGCGGAGCCAGACAGAGACUGAGAGAGCUACGCCAGAUGUAAACAGAGAGAGAGCAGCAGUGUCUCUAUGGGUUGUGCUCUGAGUGUGGACUGGUGUGCUAAGGACCAGACAGCCCUGGAGCUGAGGCCGGGGCCCCCAAGACACGGCCCCCAGGGCAGGGCCCCGAAACACUACCCCCAGGGCAGGGGAACCAUGAGGCAGACCAAGGUGGGGAAAGGGGAGCCACAUGCCUUCAAGGAGAAGACCUUUAAGAAGAGGCGUCAGUGUUGUGUGUGUCGGCAGAGUGUGGACAAUGUGGGCUCCUUCUGCAGAGUGUGUAAAACAGCCACCCACAGAAAAUGUGAAGCUAAGGUGACUACAACAUGUAUCCCUCCUUCCUCCGAUCUGCAGCGUAAAGGCACAGCUACAUCCAGACACAUCCAGCACCUGGGCUCCACCAAAUCUCUGACCUACACCAAGCAGAGGAGCACUCUGCCCAGGAGCUUCAGUGUGGACAGAGUGAUGGAUCGUGUGAUGGAGAGCCACUAUGACUUUGACCUGACCUACGUCACAGAGAGGAUCAUCUCUGUGUUCUUCCCCCCGCUGCUGGAGGAGCAGCGUUACCGUGCCAACCUGAAGGAGGUCGCUGCCAUGCUCAAGUCCAAACACCAGGACAAGUUCCUGCUGCUCAACCUGUCUGAGAGGAGACAUGACAUCGCACGCCUCUACCCUAAGGUGCGAGACUUGGGCUGGCCUGACCUGCACGCGCCCCCCCUGGAUAAGAUCUGUGCCAUGUGCAAGGCCAUGGAGGGCUGGAUGGCCUCCGACUCCCAGAGAGUGGUGGUCCUUCACUGCAAGGGUAACAAGGGUAAAACAGGAGUGAUCAUGGCUGCCUACAUGCACUACAGCAAGAUCUCAGCAGGUGCAGACCAGGCCCUCAGUACUCUAGCCAUGAGAAAGUUCUGUGAAGACAAGAUUUCUUCAUCCCUCCAGCCCUCCCAGAACAGGUAUAUCUACUACUUUGGGGGGCUGCUGUCAGGAGCCAUUAAGAUGAACAGCAGUCCUCUGUUCCUGCACCAGGUCCUCAUCCCCACCCUGCCCAGCUACCAAGCACACAGAGGAUUCUUCCCUUUCAUGAAGAUAUACCAGGCCAUGCAGCUGGUCUACACCUCUGGCAUCUAUGAUCUACAGGGUUCGGGAGGAAGGAGGUUGUGUGUGACCAUUGAGCCAGCUCUGCUGUUGAAGGGUGACAUCAUGGUGAAGUGUUACCAGCGUGUGCCCCAGCGUGCCGAGAGGGAGCCGGUGUUCCGGCUGCAGUUCCACACCUGCACCAUCCACGGAGCCCAGCUGUGGUUUGGCAAGGGGGAGCUGGACCUAGCCUGCUCAGAUGAGCGAUUUCCGUCUGACGCCACCGUAGAGUUUGUCUUCUCGUCUGGGCCAGAGAAGAUCAAAGGUCGGGAGUAUAUGAGGAAUGACCCAGCUGUGACAGUGGACUACAACACUGCAGACCCUGUCGUUCGCUGGGACUCCUACGAGAACUUCAACCAACGCUACCAGGACAGCCUGGAGGACAUCGCCCACACCAGGGGUCCUGUAGAUGGGAGUCUCUAUGCCCAGAUCAAGAAGAGGCGUGGCCAAGCCUCCACCAAUGGCAGCCCAGAAGGCUUCGGCAACGAACGGCCAAGUCGCUUCCUCCCUACCAGCUCUGACUCCACCCACUCUGCUCACUCCAGCCAACCAUGUGGCCUGUCCGAGCGUCGGGAUGAGCCGAUUGGUCCUCCGCCUCCCACGCGUCAGGAGAGGGAGGAGCUAGACCGUCUGCUGGGGGGCAUGGAGGGGCAGGGCGGGGAGAGGGAGACAGCCAUCUUGGACGACGGUGACUCCUCCCCCUCCGAGCUGGAGAGGGGUGGCGGGGGGUUGGGCCGGUCCUGCUCCUGUCGCCACGACUACCGCUCCCAGCGCUGUGACCACACCCGGCUCACACUCAAUGGAGUCCUGCCACCUGGCCCCACCAGCCCCGCCCCCUCACACCUGGACCUGUGUCAACACUACCCCCCCGCCCAGGUCCUUCCCCCCCCUGACCUGCUGUGGGGACGCCAGACCCCGCAUCAAUUCCUGCCAUGCCCCUUGUCCACGCCCCCUCGCCCACUUGCCCCCCCUCAGGAGGCCAGCCCUCAGGACUGCCCCCCCCAGCCUCCCCCCGGCCCCUACCCAGAGCUGCUGCUGGACGGCCCGCCCUCUGGCUGCAUCUGCCGGGAUUGCAGCCUGCGACAUCAAGAUUCAGCCUAUCACGGUUUGCGGUGGGAAGAUUCCGCCUAUCACGACCUUCGGCGGGAAGAAUCCGCCUAUCACGGCCUUCGGCGGGAAGAUUCAGCCUAUCACGGCCUUCGGCGGGAAGAUUCAGCCUAUCAUGGCCUUCGGCGCGAAGAUUCAGCUUGUCACGGUUUGCAGCGGGAAGAUUCGGCCUAUCACGGCCUUCGGCGGGAAGAUUCAACCUAUCACGGCCUUCGGCGGGAAGAUUCAGCCUAUCUCAGCUUGCAGCGGGAAGAUCCGGCCUAUCACGGCCUGCGUCUGGACCGGGGGGAGGGGUUCCAUUGGGACCGGGCAUCGGAGCUCCAGCAGCGUGAUGGAGGUCUGCGCCGGGGCCGGGGGGGGGAGCUACACUGGGAGAGGCGGGGCCGGGACAUGACCCUCCAAUGGGAGAGAGAGGCGGAGCUACAGUGGGAAAGGGAGGCAGAUUUCUGGCACCGUAGGGCCACCCUCUCUUCCUACACGCCCCAAGUUCAUGACCUCCCAGCCUUCACCUUUGACCCUCUGCCCUUGGGACACCCAGCCUAUCCGGAAGGCAGUCGUUCCCACGGCCAUGCCCCCCUGGAGGGGAGGUACCAGCCCCGCCCCCCCUGCUCCUGCUCGGCCUAUCAGCCAUCUCCCUCUGAGAGCCGGGGUUAUGGGUCUGGCUGCCAGUCAGAGACCCCCUCCCCUCUGCCACCUCCCGGAGCCUGCACACACACUGAGGUGUGUAGUUCAGGAGACAGUGUGGGCUGGCGGGACCACAUCUCCCAGAAUUCCAUGCGGCAGCUGCAGAGAGACGCCCACCAGCCGCCAUGCUCCACGCCCUCUGACCUCACCGGCCCGCCCACUCCUGUCCACACCAGCAGCCCACAACGCACACUGGAGAGCCUCAGAAUCACCAACAUCAACAGCGACUACGAGUCUGGCCAAUCACAGGACAGAGCUUACCCCAAUGGGUCAGACACACACUCCAGAACCCCCACCCCUUCACACACACACUCACCCACCCCCUCCUCACACACACCCCCAGCCCCCCCUCAUGCUGGGAACCACUGGUCUACUCCUGCUCAGACCCUGACCCUGACCUCUGACCCUACUCACACCACCCCCAACCUGUCCAGCCACCUCAAAAUCCAUCCCCAGCCGCAACCCCAAAUCCAGACCCAGCCCCAGAUCCAGCCCCAGACCCAGCCGCAACCCCAACCCCAGAUCCAGCCCCUGACCCAGCCGCAACCCCAGAUCCAGCCCCUGACCCAGCCGCAACCCCAACCCCAGAUCCAGCCCCUGACCCAGCCCCCUUCCCCAACCAUGCCCAGUCCUGCCCAGCCCAAUGGAGCCUCUCCUCCCCCUCACAGAGAGCUGACCCCAGAGACCUCCUCCUCCCCCCUGCCUCCCUCCUCCAACACCCCCAUUCCAGGCUUUGCUACCCAGGGCCGAAGGCUAAUGCUGGCCAGCCCUGAACCCUACUGCCCCCCUCCUCACCCUGAACCCUACUGCCCCCCUCCUGAUGGCUCCUCUGGCUACGCUGGCGUCCUCGUCCCCAAGCCCGCCGGCCCCCAGCCCGCCGGCCCCCAGCCCGCCGGUCCCCAGCCCGCCGGCCCCCAGCCCGCCGGCCCCCAGCCCGCCGGCCCCCAGCCCGCCGGCCUCCAGCCCGCCGGCUCCCAGCCCCCUCUCCCAGAGAAGCGUCGUCUGCCGUCCCAGCCCGGCUCCGGACACGCCCCCAUGCAGCACCAUGUGACCUUUUGCCCCACGGUGGGGGGCGAUGUAGGGGGCGGUGUGGGGGGUGGUGUGGUCGCCCUUGAGAUUCCUCCAGAGGGGGAGGUGUUCAGCAGGGGAGGGGUGAAGGUCGUCCAGGACAGUUCCCGCUUCUGGUACAAGCCUGGAAUCUCCAGAGACCAAGCCAUUGCGGUGCUGAAGGAGCGAGAGCCAGGUUCGUUCCUGAUCAGAGACAGCAGCUCCUUCCAGGGAGCCUACGGCCUCGCCCUCAGGGUGGCCACGCCCCCAGCAGGCUUCAACCACAGCAGCAAGGACCCACUGGAGCAGCUGGUGAGGCACUUCCUGGUUGAGACGGGGCCAAGAGGAGUCAAGAUCAAAGGCUGUCAGAACGAGCCUCACUUUGGGAGUCUGUCAGCUCUGGUGUACCAACACUCCAUCACCCCCAUUUCUCUGCCCUGCUGCCUGACCAUCCCUGACCAAGACUCUCUGGGGGAGCAGGUGGAGCAGCCCCCCAGCAACAUGAGCACAGCUGCAGACCUGCUCAGACAGGGAGCUGCCUGUAAUGUCCUCUACUUGAGUUCCGUGGAGACGGAGUCCCUGACCGGCCCCCAGGCCAUCGCCAAGGCAACCGGUGCCACACUGGGGCGGAGUCCUGCGGCAACAGUCGUCAACUUCAAGGUGUCAUCCCAAGGCAUCACUUUGACAGACAGCCAGCGCAGGGUAUUCUUCAGGAGACACUAUCCUGUCGGCAGUGUGACCUUCAGCAGCGUUGAUCCACAGGACAGGAGAUGGAAUAACUCUGACAGUACCACCUCUAAGGUGUUUGGCUUUGUGGCCAGGAAGCCGGGCAGCCUAGCGGAGAACGUGUGUCACCUGUUUGCAGAGCUGGACCCUGAGCAGCCGGCCGGUGCCAUCGUCAACUUCAUCAACAAGGUCCUGUUGGGUUCCCAGCAACGCCGAUAGACCACCGGGAUCACCAUGGAGACCACACCCCCUUGAGAUCACCAGAGACCACAAACCAUCCAUCCUGUCAUUCUGUCCACCACAACCGUUCCUUCCUCAAUCUUUACACACACUCACCAGCUGUAUAUACUCACACAAAGACUCACCUGUGUAAUGUGUUUAUACUGAUGCCGUCGUUGUCGUAACAUUUCAAGUGCCUCAGUGGCUGUAGCUUUGACAUCCUGUAGUUGCAUCACACCUUCACACCUAGCUCACCUGGACCAGCUCCUAGCUCACCUGGAGCAACAGGAGUUACUAGCCUAGCUCACCUGGAGCAGCAGGAGUUACUAGCCUAGCUCACCUGGAGCAACAGGAGUUACUAGCCUAGCUCACCUGGAGCAGCAGGAGUUACUAGCCUAGCUCACCUGGAGCAGCAGGAGUUACUAGCCUAGCUCACCUGGAGCAGCAGGAGUUACUAUCUCUGAUACUGCCAGUAUGACACGACAGCAUUCAGAGAUAAUUUAACCAGAUGUUGUUCUUGACUCUCAGUUGAGCUCUAACAGCUUGUAUUUGUAGGAUUAGGGUUAGGUGUUUAUUUAUACAGACAUAGUUGUAGAGACAGUGAAACGGGGAUAUAGAGAGGGGAGGAUGUACAGAUAAUGACCCAGGCCAGAAUUGAACCUGAGCCUCUGCAUUGUGGCCUUAGUGGCAGCUGUCCUAUUGUCAUGGACACAGAACUGUCCAGUAGGGUCCAGGCAGAUGUCUGAGUGGAUGUGCCGAGCAACGUCACGUAGAGUGUGUAUGACAGGAAGUGUACGUAGUGUGUGUGUGUGUGUGUGUGUGUGAUGACAGAGGGUUAUGUGCCUGUUGAAAGGUAUGCUGGGGGUUUUGAUGGUCAGGUGGUUUCAGUUUUGAUGAUUGUACCCGGCAUUCUCCAGGACACAGUAAGACUCAAAACCCAGUAUCUUUAAACCCUGUAUCACUAAAACUGAAUGAUGGUAUCUCUUACCCUUUAUGACAGUAUAUAAUUUCCAGGUGUAUAGCAUCCUAUCCAAGUCUGUUUCACAAAGUCUAGUAUCCACCAGAGCUCCAACAUUAUAACAGAUCACACAUCACAGUGAUUAUAACAGAUCACACAUCGCAGUGAUUAUAACAGAUCACACAUCGCAGUGAUUAUAACAGAUCACACAUCGCAGUGAUUAUAACAGAUCACACAUCGCAGUGAUUAUAACAGAUCA